AUGUCCACAGCAGCAGCCACCUCGGUCAUGGCUAGCUUCCGGUCGGGGAGCAUGGCUCCCUGGACACGGCUUGCCUGCAUGCAGUGCUGCCGUGCCUUCUCGCACAGCCCGGCCCUGGCCAGCGGCCACAACCGUUGGUCCAAGAUCAAGCAUGAGAAGGGUGCUGCCGACGCCAAGAGAAACCUGCUGCGCAGCGGCUUUUCCAAGAACCUGACGCUCUACUCCCAAUUGUACGGCUCUGAUCUCGGCAGCAAUCCCCAGCUGGCCACCACCGUAGCCGCUGCCAAAAAGGCCGGCGUGCCCAAGGCCACCAUCGAGGCUGCCAUUGCCCGUGGCCAGGGCCGCUCGGCCGACGGAGCCCGCCUCGAGAUCAUCACCUAUGAGAUCAUGAUGCCGCCGUCUGUCGCCGUCUUGGUCGAGCUCGAGACUGAGAGCAAGGCUCGCGCCAUGCAGGACCUCAACACCCUCGUGCGGCGCAAAGGCGGCACCGGCACGCCCACCAAAUUCUUCUUCUCUCGCCGUGGACGGGUUGUGCUGGGCAGUGACGCCGACCCCGACGCCGCCGACCCUGCCGACGCCCCGCCGCCAGACGUCUCUGCAGACGAUCUCCUCGACGACGCCAUCGAGGCCGGCGCCGAAGAUGUCGAGACCGACGAGGACGGCAAUAUCGUCAUAUGGACCUUGGCAAAUCAAACGUCCGCCAUCGUCAGCAAAGUAGCACCCAAGUUCAGCCUUGCCACCCUCAGCGCCGAGACCAUCUGGACGCCCAACGAGGACACCUUGUCGCCUGUCGGCGAAGGCGACGAACUGCGCCGCCUCACAGAACUCGUCACCACGCUCCGGACCUACCCGGACGUACGGGCUGUCUAUGCUAAUGUCGCCCAGGGAGAGGCAUCCGAUGAGUCCUUUCAGCAGAUUGCCCAGGAACUCGACUGGUAG